CUGGCGCGUCGAAUAAAAUAUUGACGAGCUGUAAUCUCGACCACGCGGAACUGGUGCAGUGAAUUGUUUGCUGUCUGUUGUAGCGCAGUCAAUAGCCGUGAGUAAUUGCGAGGGUAUAAAAUUUGGCUGCCACUUGACGUACUUGAGAGCGUAGCCAGAACUGGCGGGGCGCGCGAUGUGACACUGGCCAGGAUUUGCAUUGAUUUCUGCUGUCAACAGGCUUAGAGAUUACGGUACGCCAUGGCCGUGUUUGUCUCGGCUAUGUUAUUACUUACUGUUCGGAUUCAAUGCACAGCUUGUUUCGUUUCGUUUUCGAUAGAGGUGGCUAGAUGGUGCUAGUUCAAGUCCCACAUUGAUUCCGUACAUGGUUUUGAUUUGAUGUCCACAGACUCAGGAAUUAAACAAACGACACUUUAAGACUCAAAAUGGCUGAACCAGGGGCUGGGUUUGACUCCAGAGGACUGGGGCUACGCGCACAGAAAAAACUUCUGGGGAAAAUGUCAAGUAAAAAGAUUGCCAUGACAUUUAUUGAUGAAACAACAGGGCGGGUGCUGGACAAUGCCCACAAAGUGCUGAAGCAAUAUAAAGGACAUAAAAAAGAGGCAGAUAAAGUACUGAAGUACAUCAUCAAAUCGGUUGUCAAGGUUGGGAUACUUUACAAAAAUGACCAGUUCAACAGAGAGGAAUUGACCAAUGUGGAGUUGUUCAAACAAAAGUUUCAUUCACUUGCAAUGACAUUAGUUUCAUUUCACCAGGUUGAUUUCACAUACGACAAAGCCUUUUUAAGGAAAAGCUUAGAAGAAUGCAAGCAGCUUCUGCAGACAAUAAUAGCCCGGCAUCUAACAGACAAAUCAAAGACUCGCGUCGAUAUAGUAUUUAACACAUUUAGUGAGCCAGAGUUCCUUGAUGCUGUCUUUACCAACCAAUCCUUCAAGUCUAUCAUGGAGGCUAUAGUGGCUGACCUAAAUACUCUGAUGGAUGAAGGCAACUUGUGAUACGCCAGCAGUCAAAGUUUUUGUUGAGUUUUUCUCUCACAUUUAAUCGAUAGCUUCUGAAACAUUGAAUUGUAGCCUGCAAAUCUAAGUUUCAAUGUUUCCAUCUACACAAUGUGUUAACCUUCAAAAGUACUCAAAUUAUUUAACUUUCAUAGCAAGCUACAGCUAUUCUUUAUUAAGAUUACCUAGGAACUGCACACUGUGCAUUUUGGAAGUGCUGAUUUUUUUUUUAAAACGUAACUCUCAUGGGAGUUUUUGAAUAUAAAAAAAAUAACUUUCAUCGAUUUGAAGGAAACACUUGUAGAUGGCGCACAUAUGCAAUGUUACAACGUUCCAUUUAUACACACCCAUGACUCUCUGAGAUGUUUUCACAGGGUUUUUUACAUGUGGUUUGCUCAAUCUACUUAAAUAUUUGUCAUUUUAUUUUUGAUGGUGGUUUAGUUUUUGAAGAAUACUGUUACAUAAAACAAUAUAAAUAACUUAAUGGUAUCAUAAUACAACAGCUAGUUUUUAACCUUUGUACCAGCUUGGUUACUGCUUGCUAAUUUUUUUUUAUCCCUCUUAAGAUAUCCAUUAAUUUUUUUUUCACAGUUUUUAAACUGCUGAUUUUAUAAACACAUAUUUUUUUUAAAGUUUAGAAUUUAUACUAACUUGUCAGUCAUACACUACAUUAAGAUGUGGUGUAAUUAUCCUCCAUUGCAGCAUGUGAACGCAUGAAAAAAUGUAUCAUUUGAACCUGUGUAAAUUUACCUAUAUCUAAAAAGAUAUCUGUGAUUUCUCAACUAAACCAUACAAGUGGCAGAUUAAUUUCAGAUGCAUGGAAGCAUUAAUGCAAUGUCCAAAAUUGUACUUGUAUCUUAGUUGGGUAUCAUUCUAGUCAGCUCUUAUGUAGCUUUAAUGAAAGCCUGAAGCUUAAUUAAACCAUCCAUGAAGAGUAUGUGGACUGGUAUACACUCAACUUUGUAUCAUCUAAUGUCAGUAUUGUGUGUGAAUGUACAUAAAAACCACAUCCUAAUGCAGAUAUGCUAGUUGAUCUUUGUUUAUACAUAUGUUGUAUGUUGUCAGCAUUCCAUAAGUGGGAACAAUUCUUUGCAUUAGCUAAGAAAAACUAUGUUACCUAUGAUAUCAGGGUUUGUGGCUAAUGUAACCUAUGAUAACAGGGUUUGUGGCUAAUUUUACCUUUGAUAACAGGGUUUGUGGCUAAUUUAGCCUAUGGUUGUAGCUACGUGGGAAAAUACACAUUGCUUUAGUGUAAGCUAGUUUUUUUGUGUGUAGAUUAUACAAAGAAGGUUUCGAUUGGAUAUUCAAUUUUCUUUGUUAUAAAUGUGUAACAUUAUUUUAAUUGUAUUUAUGACAGCAUGUCUCAUUGUAUUUAUAUGCAUGUCUACACCUUAUUUGUAACAAUAACUUCACCUUUAUUUUUCUAUUGUUAUUUUGUGUUAUUUACCUGUAAAACAAUACAGGUUUAUUCAUUAAAAUGCAUCAUGAUCACCACUAUGCAGGCUGCUCCAUAUUCCCUCUAUGCUACAUACAUUGAACUCUUUCCAUUAGUAAACAUACACAACCGUAAUAAUUCUAUUUUCUGCACCUAAUAAGUGCCAUGGUAAAUCUAUUUUCUAUUUCAAUUUUUGCUGUGUAUGUAUGACUUUAUCUGAAAGUUAACAUUAUCUUAAAUUGGAUAAUUCAUCUGUCAGAACACUCAGGCUCUGGUGAGCCAUGGCUUCACAUAUUGAUGUCAUUUAAAUUCAUAUUCAUGUAUCUUGAGUAUUUAAUCAAUUAUAAUGCUUUAGUAUUUUUUUAAAAUAAUAAAUGAAACCAUUUUGGAUCAGUUUUUUAAAAGUGAUAUAAAUGCAUUGUUAAACUGUUAAACAUCAUUUGUCCAAGACAGCAUUCCACUAGUCCUAUUGGACUUGACAACUUAUAUUUUGAUGAAAAAUCUUUUUCCACACAAACUGAAAACUGUUAAAAAUCCAUUCUUUAAAAUUCCUUUUAUUUUUUUUUAUUCCGUUAUACCUAAGCUAUAAUAUAUGCAAUUAUGAGCUGUUUUUAACCCCCCCCCCCCCCAUUUAUUUCAUGUAUGAUAGUGUUUACUGUUAGUACAAUAAAUAUUAAGAAUAAAUCAACUGUCCCUUAGCACAUGUAAUAAAUCUGUGUGAUCUACUUAUAUUACAGCUGUGCCUUGUUAGAGUUACUUACCCUUGUGGAAAUAGUUAUUUACCUAACCAAUAACUUAACCAGUUUUUAAAAUGUGAUGAAAUUAUAUAUUCAGUAUAAACAAAUUUCUUGUAAUAAAAAUUGCCAUUUGUCUUCCACUGCAUGUGAAUAUUUUGUAUUGUAGAGUGUUAUAAUCCAUUCCGUGAUUCAAAAAGUAUUUGUUGUGCAUCUGGUUUCCUCUAAAACAUAAUUAUAUUGGCUGUAAGUGGAGGAUGCUGGGGUCUAUUUAAAUUAGUGAUGUGUCACCGUGUGCCAAAUGGACAUUGUCUAGUGCUGAAGUACAAAACUGUCAUCUGUGUCAUGUUGUAAACCUUGUAUUUUGUCAGACUUGCAGUUAGACAAUCACAUUACCUAGCUGUCAAUAAAAUAUCAUCCU